AUGGGUAUCGGCAACUACUUCAAGGCCGACAAGGCCGAGGCUUCUCGAGGGCCCAGCCCAUCAAACCGCGGAAACCAGGCUCCUGCUGUCUCGGAGAAGGCUUCUUCCCAGCAGGGAAGCUCCAACGACAUGGAGCUCCAGCCACCAACCCCUCGCUACAACUCUCGCCCUCAGUCCAUCUCUGGCAGGUCAACACGCUCCAAUGGCAGCUCCAUGUUCCUGGACGACAUCAAGCACGAGGUCAUGGUCAACUACCUCUACCAGCAACAAUGCUCCCACUUGUGGGUGAGUGACGGAUCCGGCGAGAUUGAAGGCGUGCUCCUCCGAAAGGCUAGGGGCCAGUACAUGGCCUGCCCGCCACAACUGGGCAACUCGCCCUUCGCCAUGUCAUGUGCUGCCCUCAACGUCCAGUGCGCCAUGACGGUGAACUCUCGUGUCAUCAAGACGUUCCUCCAAUGGACACCCGACGCGGUCGACGUCCCUUUGACGAACGGUCUGCGAGUCCAAAUCCUCCCCACCAUCGAGGACCUGCCAAGAGCGAGGAAGCACCAGUUCGCUGCCUUCGUGGCUUCGGAAGGCCUCCUGAUUGUUUGGGAUGACGACGCACUGCAUCUCGUCCAGAGAGCCAAGGCUAUUGAGUCAGAACUCAUGGAAUUGGUCUGGAAGGCCGGUGCGGACGACGAAGACGGUGACGAGAAGAAGGGACCUACCGUUGCCGACUACGAGAUCGAUGAGGAGAGCGGUGAGAUCAAGCCGGAGAAGCGGCCUGUUCACCUUCUUAACACCUACCUGGUUUCCAUCACACUCGUGCUCGUUACCGUGUCCUUGGGUGCUGCAUGGAGACAGCUGGCCAUUGAAGUCUCGGUAGACGGAGACUAUCUUCGUCUGGCACUCGUCGCUCUCUUCCCGGUUCAGAUUUUCUUCACCCUCUUCUUCGCUCAGGUCAUCGUCGGUUGCUUGGCUCAGAUCUUCGGCCCCAUCCGUCAGUUGACCAUCAACUCCAAGUUCUACUCCGCCCGCCCUCCCCCGAGACUGCAGAACAGCGUUCUUCCCCACAUCACCGUACAAUGCCCCGUCUACAAGGAGGGUCUUGGUGGUGUCAUCGCUCCCACAGUCAAGUCCAUCAAGCAAGCCAUGUCCACCUACGAGCUCCAGGGUGGCUCUGCCAACAUGUUCAUCAACGACGAUGGUAUCCAGCUCAUCUCCGAGGAGGACCGCCGUGCCCGCAUCGAGUUCUAUGCCGACCACAGCAUCGGCUGGGUUGGUCGCCCUAAGCACGGCGAAGAUGGUUUCCUGCGUCGCGGCAAGUUCAAGAAGGCCUCCAACAUGAACUACGCCCUCAUGAUUUCCAAUAAUGUCGAAGAGAAGCUCCAGCAGAUCAACCGCACCGCUGAUUGGACUCAACACGACGAGGCGCAGGCCUACGAGCAUGCUCUCAAGGAGGUUCUCGAGGCCGACGGCCGUGCGUGGGCUGAUGGUAACAUCCGUGUCGGCGACUACAUCCUCAUCAUCGAUUCCGACACCCGUAUCCCUGCCGACUGCUUGCUGGACGCCGUUUCUGAGAUGGAGCAAUCCCCUGAUGUCGGUAUCAUGCAAUUCUCCUCUGGAGUCAUGCAGGUUGUCCACACCUACUUCGAGAACGGAAUCACCUUCUUCACCAACCUCAUCUACUCCGCCAUUCGCUACACUGUCUCCAACGGUGAUGUCGCGCCUUUCGUCGGUCACAACGCUAUCCUUCGCUGGAGUGCUAUCCAGCAGGUCGGCUACUUCGACGAGGAUGGAUACGAGAAGUUCUGGUCUGAGUCCCACGUGUCGGAGGACUUCGAUAUGUCUCUUCGUCUGCAGUGCAACGGCUACAUCAUUCGCUUAGCUGCUUGGGCUGGCGAGGGUUUCAAGGAAGGUGUCUCUCUUACCGUAUAUGAUGAGCUUGCCCGUUGGGAGAAGUACGCUUACGGCUGCAACGAGCUUCUCUUCCACCCUAUUCGCACCUGGCUCUGGAGAGGUCCUUUCACUCCCCUGUUCCGCAAGUUCCUGUUCAGCAACAUUCGUUUUACGUCCAAGAUCACUGUCGUCUCGUACAUCGGUACCUACUACGCUAUUGGCGCUGCCUGGAUCAUGACGUCCGUCAACUACUUCCUGAUGGGUUGGUACAACGGGUACCUCGACAAGUACUACGUCGACUCCUGGCAGGUUUGGUUCUCCAUCAUCAUCGUCUUCAACGGUCUCGGAAACGUCGCUCUCGCUGUCAUGCGCUACCGUGUCGGUGAGAAGAGCCUGAUCAUGGCCUUCUUCGAAAACAUCAAGUGGACUUUCCUGCUCGCCAUCUUCCUCGGUGGUCUUAGCUUGCACGUCAGCCAGGCUCUGCUGGCUCACAUGUUUGAAGUCGACAUGACGUGGGGUGCGACGUCCAAGGAGGCCGAGUUCUCCAACUUCUUCAUCGAAGUCCCCAAGGUUCUGAAGAAGUUCAAAUUCUCCAUGCUCUUCUCAUGCGUCUUCAUCGCUGGAAUGAUCAUUCUGGCUGUGGCGCCCUUCAUCCCUCACGACUGGCGCAUCACAGAUUUCGUCGCCAUCCUUCCCAUGGCUACCGUCUCUGCCAGCCAUCUCCUCCUGCCCAUUGCACUCAACCCUGCGCUCAUGACAUUCUCGUGGUAA